AUGAGUAGCCAUUGGUUGCUGAGUGUCCCACGGAUGGAUGUGAAGGACGCGAAGGAGAAAGAGACGUUUCCUGGUCAGGUUAGCAAUCCUGAGGGAAUGAGAGCAGAUACGGUGGCUACCGAAGUGGUGCGCCUAUUCGAUGUCGCCGUAGACUGCCUCAGGAUAUGUCUGUCUUUGUUAUCGGCUAGCGAUUUGGAUAAUGUGAAUGAUCUGAAAGAGAAACUUGAAAACUUGCAAACUGAUGACAAAACGGACAAACCAUCUUCGUCGAAAUUCAACAAAAUGCCGGAAAAACUAGAACAGCCUGGUAAUAGGCAAGACAAUAGAUCUAGAGAAGAAAUAAGAAUGGAACGUAGAGCUAAAGCUGCGGAAGCGAAGAAAAGAAAAGUUGCUGCGGCAAAGGCAAAAGAAACACUCAAACAGAGCAGUACACUUGCAAGUGGAGAAAAAGUGUCAGGAAAAAUAAUGAACCAGGAAAGAGAAUGUUCAACAUCAGAUGGUAGUGGGCAACAACGUAUCAAUAAUCCAUUCAGGCUUGUGAAAGAUUCUGGACUUCUAAGUGGUUUCCGAUCAUCACAGCCUUUUAGGACUGUUCACUUUGAUUUGACAGCAAAGGAUGAUGAGAACGAAGAAGGCUCAUCGAAACAGCCAUCUUUCUGUGAAAUCAUAAUACCAGAUAUACAUCCUUCGUUUCUAGAGUUCGCGAGCAGAUGUGAGGCGAAACGCAUUGUUGGUGUUGAUGCUGUUUGCGUGGCAUUUGUGCAGAGUUUCAAAAAUUUCCUAUCGGAUUAUGUUAUUUCACCGAAUCAAAUCAUGUCCCGUGAUCUCGAACAGGCUAUCCGACAACAGUUAAAUUGUUUGACGGAGCAUGGAAAGCAUUCAUUUCCUCUGGCAUUGGGUAAUCUGAUAAAGCAGUUGAAGAAAGAAAUUACUCAGCUGCCGGAUUCCGUUUCUGAACAAGAAGGCAAAGAGCGUCUUUAUUGUUGGUUAGAUGAUUUUGUGCAACAGAAUUUCGAGCUUGCACUGCAGGCUAUAUCUUCAUUUUGCAUUAAAAAGAUGAAAAAUACGGUCUUUGUGCUCACAUAUUCAUGGUGUCCAGUGGUAGAACGAAUCAUUUUAGAUGCUCAUAGCGACAAAUUGGUUUUUCAUGUAUAUGUUUUGGAUUCACCUGUAGAACAUAAAGGAAGACAACUGGUGAAAACAUUAUGUGCGCGGAAGAUUCAAUGCAGUUAUGGUAUGAUUUCUUCGGUUGGCUAUUUGAUGAAAAAGUGUGAUAUGGUGCUCUUGGGUUGUUCAGCGAUUUUAUCAAACGGAUUUGUGGUGGCAGAACGUGGCACUAGUCAAAUAGCAUUAGUGGCUUCCGCUUCGAAUAUUCCAGUUCUGAUUGCUGCGCAAACAUGCAAAUUUGUUGAUCGGGCAAGUUCCAUUUCUGUUCGACAAUUUCUGCUUUUUGUGGUGCAAUCAUUUUCUCAUGGUAUUCAUGAAGUAAGUGCUUUAAUAGGAGAAAGGAAUGAAGUUGUAGCUGCGGAUUUGAUAACUGCUUUGGUUACGGAAUUACGCAUAUUGCCGCCGAGUUCUGCUCCUGCUGUGUUAAAAGCUAAACAAUUAGCUGUUGAUUCAUGA